AGUCCUGCCCGGAAAGAUUUGUGUUUACAGCCUAGCUUUCACUUCAGGUUCGCGUUCAUUGUUUCACAGAUAUUAAUGUGUUUUAUACAUUCAAACUGUGCCAUUUUGAGGACUCUUCUCAGCCAUAUAUAUGCGAUAUCACUUUUAACAUGUCUUUGUUGGCAAAGAAGGCCGAUUGGCAAGUUUAGCAAUGACAGCUGGCUAACAUAGCUUGAGGUUAGCCAAUAACUACGAACACGGCUAACUUCUACAGUCGUGGCACAGACAUUAUAUUGAGUGUGUGGAUGUUCAGGUCUGAGUGAAGGAGCACGGCCAUGGGAGCGGAGAGCAGCGCGGUGCGGAACUGCAAACUGGAAGAGCCGCUUGUGACUUUCCCCUCUGGUCCGACCAUGUAUUCUGCUGUGCUCCAGGACAAUAAGCCCGCCUCUGUGUUUGUCCACAAGAGAGGAAGCGAAGACAAAGUCAAUAAAGCUGCGAAGCACCUGAAGACUCUGAGGCAUCCGUGUCUCCUACGGUUUCUUUCCUGCUCUGUUCAGAAUGGAGGGAUCCAUCUGAUCACUGAGCGCGUACAACCACUGGAACUGCUGCUGGACAGCCUCUCUGCUGAGGAAAUAUGUGCAGGGCUUUACGAUAUUCUACAGGCACUAGUCUUUUUACAUGAAAGGGGAAAAUUGAGUCACAACAAUAUAUGCAGGUCAUCUGUAUUUGUGAGCGAAGAUGGUCAUUGGAAGUUGGGUGGAAUGGAAACUGUGUGCACAUUUUCUGAAGCAACUCCUGAAUUUCUCUCAGCUAUAAAAAAUGUAAGAGAUGACAGUUGUGUUCCACCGGAGGAACAGGUUGAAGGUUUUGCCAUGCUUCCUGAAGAAUAUGCUUAUUCCAGAGACUGUUACUCUUUUGGAGUACUGGUUGAGACCCUUAUUCCUUUGCUGGAUAGUUAUGUAACACAAGACUUGGUGGACAGUUUAAAAAUGUCUUUGCUAGCUGGUCCUCUAAAUCCAGACCCAUCAUGUCGGCCACCACUCACCUCUCUGCUCACUCAUGACUUCUUCAGAAAUGACUUUUUGGAAGUGAUGAACUUUUUGAAGAGUUUGACUUUAAAGGCAGAAGAAGAGAAAAAUGAAUUUUUCAAAUUUUUACUAGACCGGAUCCAGAACCUUCCUGAGGAGCUCAUAGCCUCUCGCCUUGUCCCUGAACUGCUCACCUCUCUCGUUUUAGCAGAACCAAUGGCGGUCAGGAGUUUCCUCCCUCAUCUUUUAAAGCCAAAGACAGAAUCCAGUGGCAGUGAUAGCUCAGAAGAAUGCUUACUCUCUCUGCCCCUUUAUCGAAAACAUGUGAUUCCUCAACUUCUGAAGCUUUUUAAAGUUAAGGAGGAACACAUUAGGAUGGUGCUGCUGACCCAUAUCCACAUCUACUCUGAGUUUUUCUCCCAAGACGAACUUAAAAACCAGAUCCUACCUCAGGUCCUGCUGGGAAUGAGGGACACCAACGAUUCCCUGGUUGCAAUGACGCUGCAGAGUCUGGCUGUGCUGGUGCCACUGCUUGGAGCUCAAGUUGUUGUUGGAGGAGAAAGGACCAAGGUUUUUAAACGCACUACCCCCAAUUUCAGCAAGUCAACUGAAGUCACCCCUGAAAAUUCACCUGUACACAAUAUUGGAGUCUGUCAGCCGCAGAUAGCCCAGCCAACAAAAAUCUUGAAUUUGUUUGCCAAAUCUUCAGCAGAUGUCUCUUCAAAAGUUUACCCCUUGCCAUUUAAAUCAGAUGUCAGUAGGCAGCUGUCCCUUCCAUUGAACGGAUUUCACCACAACACGGAAAUGGGGUCACAACCAUACAGCCCAGAGCCGCCCAGCAGAGCAGAGAGACCAGUGGAGGACUGGCCUGACUGGAGUGACCCCGAGGACGCAGACAUUGGAGAGGGCAAACCAGUUAGGAUCCAGAUAAAGUCCUCUGCUGUAGUGGCCCCGAACAGCAGAAUCCCAGCACACAGCACAGAGGAGCCAUGGGAGGACUUUGAAGACACCGAAACUACACCAGAUCUCUCUCCGACUGCUCCCGUCCCAGACACUGUAACACUAGAUGGACCCAAAUCAGUCAGUACCUACAAAACACCUACAAAACAUAAACCAGUAUCUUCGAAACCCCUAAAGCUUACAUCCACCUUACAACAAAUCACUCAGAGUAAUGAUCACUCUUCAUGGGAUAGUAGCUGGACUCAGACAGAGGAUUCAAGCAAGCCAUCCAAACCCAAGCUAAAAAGUGGUGAUGUGGGAGGCUUGGGAGAAGAAUUCACAAUCAGGGUGAAAAGAAGAGUAGAGACAGACCCUGAGCUGGACUUGUUUGCAGAUAUGGUGCCAGACAUCAAACUGUCAUCUCCAGCUCUGCUUACAGAGAUCAGUGGACUGUCCAAAUCUAUGAGUGAAAAUCCUAAGCCACUAGACCAAGAUUUAUCUGGUGAUACUUUGCUCAAUGCCAAGUUUGCUGCUGCCAGUACAACUGAGAAUGACGCUGAUGGUUGGGAUGAUGGCGAUGACUUAAACUGGGAGGAUGAAAAUGCCUGGUAAUUCCAACCAAGUGAGGAUAACAAGGAAAGUUAAAGGCAUUUUGAAUAAAUGCUUUCUAGACUUUCAAUUAUGGAAAAAAGGAUUUUACUGGAUGUACAAACACAAGCAGGCCUGCUUUGCCAAUUGGUAGUACAAUAGUUACAAACUGACCCACAUUUGUUUGUGCCAUAUUUUAACUGGUAUGAAGAUUUAAUCAAGGGGGUUGCACUUUGAAUUAAUGUGAAAUAAAGUACAUAAUUUAUUAGUAUUUGAUUGUUGGUGAAAUAAAUAUUUUAUUAAGUUCU